AUGUCAGCCGUCUCAGACCCCCAUGACCGCUCCGAAAUUACCGGAACAAACAGACUUCCACUACCAAAGGAGACACGCAGUGCAACCGUCACCAGAACAUCGACCCGCGAACGCACCGUCAUCUCCACAUUCACAAGCUUUGCAGCACUCCCCCAGCCAACAGAUGGUCCCGAAGGGGAGUUCCAACUGCCGCCAGUCCAGCCCAUAACGACGGCAUCUCUCACACCGCCGCCGCCACCACAGCCUACGGCUACAGAGGUUGUGGCGGUGGUCUCUGUACCUCCGGUUGAGCCGACACCGACAACCACCAUAUUCAUGAGACCGGGCAACACCGUGCCGACGCCGAGUACACUGAGAGUAAGUACCUCCACGACCAGCACGUCAACACCUUCUUAUACGACCACCAAAGCAUCAAACACAGAAGUAGGACUCCAUAUCGCCUCCACAACACCCAGCCCCAGCCCCGCGGGCAAAGAUGGCGGGGGAGCAACGCUCUCCCCCGCCCUCAUCGCUGGUAUCAGCGCCGGCGCCGCCGUUGCAAUCGUUGCCGCCAUCAUCGUCGCCUUAUUUUUCCAUCUACGCCGUAGGAAUCGGUAUGCGGUGAGCAAAACGACAAUGCUGAAACGGGAGAUUGGGAGGCCGGUGGUGAUAUCAACGUCAAAUGAGGCCGGAGGGUCGGCGGAGACCUUUUUUAAAUGCUCGAGCGAAGCAGGCGGCGAGAAGCCGAUGUUGUCCCCGCGCGAGAGCGAGGCGAUGUUACUAUCGCGGAACACCAGCCCUACUACACAGGCAUCGGGGUAUGAAUAUGGACGACCUGCAUCACUCCCCGACGCUGGGGUUGUUAAUAACGCAGCCAUCGCCCCCGGAGUCCGUACACCAGGAACCCCAGCCACUCCAUCCCCAACCUUCAUGCCAGGCUGUGGCUAUUACGGCGCCAUCCCGGUCAUUGUAGAGCCCCCAACACCCGCAGCACCAACACGGCCCGUGAGGCCUGUCCGACCCGCAUCAUCAUUCUACUCCCCCAAUGGCAACGACACAGAACCGUAUGCCGCCCAGCGCCUCGAUGACCCCCUCACCAACUACGCCUCCAGCGCCUACAGCGCCUACAUUGACGCUGGGAACCCAUACGCCAUGAGGCCGGUCCCGCAAAGAACUCUUAAUGUUCCCAAGAGUAGCCAUCAGAGUGAGCGGGUGCCGAGCGUGCUUUCGGGGGCGGAAAAACCGGAUUCGGCGAGUUACUACUCAGUUGGCUAUAUGAAUGAGUAUCUGAAGGGCGGGGCAGCGCGUGACUCGAGGAUGACGGCGCUCAGUGAGGAUGAGCCGGAUGGGGCGCUGAUUGGGUCGAUCUUGGAGCACUGUGAGUCCACCCCCCACCCUCGUCCUCGGCCUCGGCCUCGAGAGGAUGCAGAGGAGGAGUGGUAUGGUACGGGCGCGGGUAGUGGUGGAAGGAAUUUGACGGGUAGGGGUGUAGGUAGAUGA